AUUCCACCAUCUUUCAGAAUUGUUUGUUCCUUCUUUUGUCUUAUUCAACCAUAUUCCUUCAUAGCCAAAAUCCGACACAACAUAGUCCAAUAGCCAACCUUCACUACCCAAUUGUAUGGUUUUAACCAAAUCUCAUACUACUCAUGUUCUUAUAAUAUUUAUAUAUAUAUACACUUAAGUUCUAAAAUUCUAAUAAAUCCACCACAUCCAACAUCUCUAGCUUGUUUCAAUUCCUUCCAAUUUUGCAAUGGCCACUACUCUUUCUGAAGCCUAUAGGGACCACCCUCUCCACCUUCAUCAUAUUAUCCCCUUAGACUUUUCUUCACUUAGGACCUUACCUGAUUCGCAUGCAUGGCCUCAAUCUGAAGAUGGUGAUGGUGAUGAUGAUAAUCAUGGAAUUGGAUCACCCAUACCCAUCAUAGACCUAAUGGAUCCUAAUGCCAUGGAACUCAUAGGCCUUGCUUGUGAGAAUUGGGGUGCUUUCCAAUUGAAGAACCAUGGCAUACCCUUGAGUGUUGUUGAAGAGGUUGAAGAAGAGGCAAAGAGGCUCUUUGCCCUCCCCGCCGACCGGAAACUCAAGGCGUUGAGAUCGGCCACCGGUGCCACCGGGUACGGCCGAGCUCGGAUAUCGCCAUUCUUCCCCAAGCACAUGUGGCAUGAAGGAUUUACCAUCAUGGGGUCUCCAUGUGAUGAUGCCAAAAAGAUUUGGCCUAAUGACUAUGCACCCUUUUGCACUAUAAUGGACAAUUACCAGAAGCAAAUGAAGGCUCUAGCAGAUAAGCUAGCACACAUGAUAUUCAACUUAUUGGGGGGCAUUUCUGAGGAGCAAAAAAGGUGGAUUAAUGGUUCAACCAACAACCUCUGUGAAGCUGUUCAGCUAAACUUCUACCCUCGUUGUCCUGAGCCAAACCGAGCCAUGGGGCUAGCCCCUCACACUGACACUUCCCUUCUCACAAUCCUCCACCAAAGCCAAACCAAUGGCCUCCAAAUCUUCAAGGAAGGGGCAGGGUGGGUCCCUGUGCACCCUCACCCUAGCAGCCUUGUUGUUCACACUGGUGACAUUCUUCACAUCUUGUCCAACUCAAGGUUUAGAUGUGCAUUGCAUCGUGUCAUGGUGAAUAGCGCAAGGGAAAGAUACUCAGUGGCUUAUUUCUAUGGUCCCCCUGUGGAUCAUGUGGUUUCUCCUUUGGUUCUUGAUUCCUUGCCUCGUUUUCGUUCCUUGACUGUGAAGGAGUAUAUUGGUAUUAAGGCCAAGAACCUUCGGGGAGCAUUGUCUUUGAUUAGUAUGCUUAAAAACUAAUUAAUGUGCAUUUUUCUCUAAUUUUGGCUCUCUUUUAAAUAGUUGAUAAUAUCAUUUCAUUCCGUCAAUAUGGUGUGAUAUGAUUGAUUGGUU